UUGUUUUUCCUUGCAAUCCUCGUGUCUCAAAAUUUUUCUUAUGUAUCCUCUUUUCAUAUUCUAUGAGUAGUUUGAGUGGUAGUUGUCAAAACCAGAUAUCUGAUUUUAUGCCGUAUAAAUAAAGUAAAUAAUUACUCAUCAUGGAAAAACUGACCGAAACUGCAUUCAGCUCUUUAGAAGGAAAAGUUUCUGAAGAAACUUUGAGAGCAGUUGCUGAUAUGGGAUUUGAAAGAAUGACAGAAAUCCAAGCUAAAUCCAUUCCACCUUUAUUAGAAGGAAGCGAUGUUGUAGCUUCUGCUAAAACUGGAAGUGGAAAAACUCUUGCAUUCCUUAUACCUGCAAUUGAACUCAUGGUGAAAAAAAAAUUCACUCCAAAACAUGGAACUGGAGUCAUAGUGAUUUCACCAACUCGUGAAUUGUCGAUGCAGACAUAUGGUGUUGUGAAAGAAUUACUCCAAUAUCACACUUUUACACAUGGCCUGGUUAUGGGUGGUGCCAGCAGACAAACUGAAGCACAAAGGUUGGCAUCUGGUGUAAAUAUUGUCAUUGCCACUCCUGGUCGUUUGCUCGACCAUUUACAGAAUACUCCUCAGUUUUUGCAUAAAAAUUUACAAUGUUUGGUCAUUGAUGAAGCUGAUAGAAUUUUGGAUAUUGGUUUUGAAGAAGAAAUGAAGAGUAUUCUUCGUAUAUUAUCAAAAACAAGGCAGACUCUUUUAUUCAGUGCUACAUUAAAUCAGAAAACUCAAGAUCUUGUUAAAGUAGCUCUUCCCAAAAAACCACUAUAUAUAGGUGUUGAUGACGAUGAUGAAAAAGCAACAGUUGAAGGACUAACACAGGGUUACGUUGUUUGCCCUUCAGAUAAAAGAUUCCUUUUGCUUUUUACCUUCUUAAAGAAGAAUAAAAAUAAGAAAGUCAUGGUUUUUUUCAGUUCAUGUAUGUCUGUCAAAUUUCACAAUGAACUUCUUAAUUAUAUAGAUUUACCUGUAACUUCUAUUCAUGGAAAGCAGAAACAAAAUAAACGGACAGUUACAUUUUUUCAAUUCUGCAAAGCAGAGAGUGGUAUCCUGUUAUGUACAGAUGUAGCAGCCAGAGGUUUAGAUAUACCACAAGUUGAUUGGAUUGUUCAAUAUGAUCCCCCGGAUGAUCCAAAAGAGUACAUUCAUCGUGUUGGAAGGACAGCUCGAGGGGAAAGUCAAAGUGGAAAUGCUUUACUUUUUCUAAGACCUGAAGAGCUAGGUUUCCUAAGAUAUUUGAAACAUGCCCGAGUACCUUUACAAGAAUAUGCAUUUAACUGGAAUAAAAUUGCCAAUGUUCAAAAUCAGCUGGAAAAUCUGGUCACGAAAAAUUAUUUUCUAAACAUUGCAGCAAAGGAAGCAUUCAAGGCUUAUGUGCGUGCAUAUAAAUCUCACCAUAUGAAAAAAGUAUAUGAUGUAUCAAAUCUCGAUUUAAAAGCUGUUGCAAAAUCUUUUGGUUUCCCUGUACCACCUUAUGUUAGUAUUUAAAUAAAUAUAUUUUUAUUUUUAUUUA